AUGGCUACCGUUAUCGGCGAGCAAAUCAUAGUUAGUAGUGGAACCGAAUAUGUCACGUUGACUGAGCAUAAUUAUGCUUCCAAUCCAGAUGAAAUAACAUAUGUUGAAUUCAAAUCAAAGAUCAACGUACAUGCGAUUUCCUCUAACGAUGUUCCUAGAAGAAUCAUCCGUCGAGCUUUGCUCGAAGUUGAUCUCAAUGAUGCGUCAGCUGUUCCAAACUACAAGAACGCUCAAUGCUUGGUUGAACCAAAACGAAAAAAGAAUGCUAUUCCACUAUCAACACCGACAACAUUCGCAGAAACCGAAAUUACAGAAGAGUUUAAGUUAAUCAAUGUUGGCGAUAUGUUCCUGCUGUACGACAACGAAAAGAACGACAACCGAAUUAUUGUCUUAUCUUCACGGGAAAAUAUGACUCGAUAUCAGCCUCCGAUCAUUGGCACGCCGAUGGAAUCUUUAAGGUUAGUUGAAUAUGAUGAAUUAUUCCGCCGAGAAUGUAUCAUCAGGCUAAAAACUUUUCUGUAG